CUCACUUUAUGGGAAAUUUUUUUCUGAUUAGCUUAGCUUUGACGCUAAUUGUCAGACGUUUAUAAAAUGCUAAGUGCAAAAAUAUUGCGUAUGAGUGCGAAAACCAAAGUCAAUAAGUAUUCUUUUCAGAUUGGGUAUUUUUAAAUUCAUUUAGAGCAAGUUCCAGGGACAUAUAGAUGGACAGACACAUAUGGCCAAGGAUUAAUAUACAUUAUGUUGCCGAAGAAAAAAAAAUAAAAAUUAUUUGUCUGAGUAAUAAUUCUCUUUGUUAUUACUUUGUUCAAACAAUUACACUUAUUCAUUUUAUGUUAUUUUUUUAUUGUGCUUAUAGUUUAUAGUUUUUGGGUCACAACAAAUAAUCAAAACAACUUUUAAAACGAUACUCUCUCAACUAUUAGUAGCAUCUACUCAGUUCGUACCCUACGUUGCUAGAAUGAUCCUACAAUCUACAUGCUCAGUCUCACAAAUGCGCCUAAUCAACAGGAAAUUGCAACUGUGGCAGCAACCUGUUUAAAAAAGUUAUCUGAUAAAUACUCUGAGCGCCUGUUAACAAUCAACAACAAAAGAUUAACGGAAUGGAUGCUUUUGAAUACAAUUUCAUUGACAAAGGAAACCGAUGAAUUAAGUGUCCUCACUUUUAUGGGAUAUACAUUUAUAUCAACUAUUUUAUUGCUAUCGAGGAUCAAAGAAAAGGAUUCGAAUUAUCACAUAACUGAGAUUAUUUUAUUGAGCUUUGGAAUAUUGUUCUUCACCAUACAAGGACUAUUAAUAUUUGGUGUUCUGGAACAGUUGCCGGAUGAUAUCUUAUCUUAUGGUUAUUCCCUCGGAGCUGUGUCGUUUAUAUGUGCGAUUCUUUUUGCCAUAGAUCUAUUUUUUUUCCGGCGCAUGGCGGUUUCUAAAAAUGUGCUUUCUCAAACCGAUUUGGAAUAUAUAGAUGAGAAAACUUUUAAAAAAGUAGACAUUAAAAUAAAUACAAUUGAAAUGGAUCGAUCUAAUAAGUGUUGCUUGUCGGACGCGACAAAAACUGGCAAAAAACUCAAAUACCUACGAACUGAUUUAUGAUUUACACUGGGAAAAUCAAGUUUUCUUAUAAUAUCCACAUGUAUCUUUAAAUGAAUAUGAAUAUGAAUAUGAAUAUAUGGGGAUCCAUAAAAGUUUAAGCUUAAUAAAAGGCAAUACCGACAGCCCAUAAAGUA